GAGGGCAAGACCUGACUGGAGUCCUGUCCGCUCGAGUCCCGUCCGCUCUGCAACGCCGUUCCCGUCGAGUCCUCUCCGCUCGAGCCCUGCCCGCUCGAGCCCUGCCCUGUCCGCUCGACUGCUCGAGGGCCGAGGGCAAGACCCGGCUGGAGCCCGGUCCGCUCUGCAACGCCUUUCCCGGCUCAGGGCGGGCUGCUCCGCGCGCGCCGCGCCGCCGCCGCCGCCCCCGGCAUGAGCUCGGAGAGCGACGAGGGCGAGGCGGAUGCUGAGACUGGCGGUGGUCGGGCUGGGCGCGGAUUCUGGUACUACCAAGAGACAGUUCACAAAUUGUACGAAAGCUCUGCUAGUCAGGGCCUCGUGGCCGUUAUCAUAUCGCUGCGGUUCUUUAUAUUGUGCGUCCAGCGAGAGAUACUUCCCGUCCAGAAUUACGUGUUCGUUGGCAAUUCCUCGGACCUCGUCGCUGGCCCCAACUACCAGGAUCUCAGCCCCGCUGAUAUAGAAGCAGCGCACGGCUUGUUUCGGAUAGCGGAUGAUGCGUUCAAUGUUGUUUUUCUGAUCGAGCUCGUAAUCAAUUUGUACGGGAAUUGGGGUUGGGACGGCCAAUGGUGGUUCGCCUCUGGCUGGAACAUGUUCGAUUUCAUCGUCGUAGGCCUCGGAACCCUGGAUUUGCUUCGCAUCCGCUUGCCAGGGCCAUUCGGGAUGAUCCGCAUGUUGCGAGCUUUUCGCAUAUUUCGCCUUUUCGGACGCGUACCAGCGCUGAGGAAAAUUAUCGUGUCAUUGUUAUACGCAGCCAGCGGAAUGUUCAAUGGCAUUAUACUCGUAUUGGUCGUACAGUGCAUCUAUGCCUCGCUUGCUUGUGACCUCUUCGGUGACCUGUACUGCGGCGACCGCUAUUCUGAUUUUCCUGAUGAUUUACGGUUCACGUCACGGGGGUCGUGCUUCGGAAGCGAAUAUUACGGCAACUUUUUGCUCUCAUUCUACACCAUGUUCCAGAUCAUAACGGGCGAGUCUUGGUCGGAGGCCGCCGUGCGACCGGCCACCCACUUCUACUGCAACGAGGGAAGCCUUUUUGAGUGCUUCGGUGUUUGCGGCUUCUUUAUUAGCUUCAUUUGUGUGACUUCCAUUGUGCUCCUCAACGUGUUCGCUGUGUGCUUGGUCGAUGCAUACACGGAAGGAGCAAUCGACGAUGAUGGCACCAAUGGCACCCAGAACAUGUCCAACGGCACGGCCAAAGUAGAGACGCCACCUGAAGAUACGGACGCAGCACUUGUAGAAGAAGUCCAGCAGUACAGGGAGCGCGCGCUCGACAGUGUGCGAUCAUUGUCUGGGGCUGUCGAAAGGAUGGAUAAGACGUUCGAAAUUUGGUCUCAGCGAUCAGCUAUGUAAGCUGUAAUGUCGCAGGCAGUCUAGCUCACCAUCGACAAGCCAGACCGCCCUCUAGAGACCCGGUCGCGGCCGACAUUUCUAAAGCCAUAUAGAUGUGGCAGCGUUGUGUUGUAGUCACACUGUUUGAAGUCAGCGGGCGCCACGUGGUCCAAGACAGUCAGACGCUGGCCAAGCAAGCGGUGGGGUGCACCGGAAGCGAAUUGAGGCACCAAGGUGCAAGAGAACAGAGCGCGAGGGGAAAGAUGGAAGACCCGCUCAGACUGUGAAAGCCGGCGCAUGGAUGCCGUGGUAGAUCUUGCAGCUGCGUCCGAGCAGCGGAGGCUGGGGCCAAUCUGAAGUGGAAUGCCAUGAUGAGGUACAGCGCCAGGAUGAGGGAGCCACGAGCGGGGCCAGCUGCCAUUGUCCCACGUAACGACGUAGUGUGAAACAUGUCCCGCUCCUUCUCUUUGCGCGUUCGCAUCCCAUGGCGAAGCAAUUCAGUGCACUCUCAGAAAUAUGAACCCACGCAGGUAUGAACUUCGAUAACAGUAGUCGUUCUAGCAAUACGGUCAGCCGUCCUGGUUGCAGCAGUAGCCAUGGCAGUAAGAGCCGAUGUAGUAAUCAGACUCUCAGUCUGGGCACAGCCGUAGAUGUUUCAGCAGCGGCAGCAGUAAUGGUUAUUCCUUUCGUCGUAGUAAUAGCGGGAGUAAUGUCAACGAGAGACGCCAGUAUUGCUGCAAGAGUUUUGAUCCGGCUGGGUCCGCAUGGCGCACCCGCGCACAAUUCAACACACCCAUCACACGUCUUUUGCUCCAUCCAAGGCCCGAGUGGCAGGGUCCGCAUGGCGCACCCGCCCCAUGUCGGCACACCCCUCACUCCUCCUCCUUUUUUUUUUCUCACUUGCCUCGCGGCACCCGCAGCUUCAUAUGUUUGGUGCCGUCGCCAGGAUAAUGAUGUAUGGAUGGUGAAAUGUUAGCCGAACCAUUGUGUUUGGCAUGGGCUCGACAUGUGUGCGCGCAUGUGGAAUGUGUAUAAUUGUUGCACUGGGCGAUUGCAAAAUCACGGUUUGUGAUUACCGAUUGCGCGCUCAAUUGGGGAAAUAUGACAACACUAGCUCUAGAGUGCAUUAGCAGUAAAGAUGAGGCGAACAUGUAUUGGGAUGGAUUCCCAAUACUUCCUUGAUUUGACGCUUGGUUUGAAUACAGCACUGCUUGCGCGAACCUUCAUCCCGCCUCGCUCCUCCUGCCCUCCUCCUCAUCCUCCUCUCUCCUCUUCUCUUUUCUCCCUUCUCCGCGUUUUUCCUCGCACCUCCCUCUAGCAACUCUUACCGUACAUCGGUCCCCUUACAUUCUGACUCUUGCAUCUUUUUGGCCGUGUGAGAUUAUGUCAUUGAGGCUUGAUCUGUGGCCUUUUGCUGACAGUACUCCGCGACCUCGAAAAAUUCGGCGCUGCAUCCGUGCACGACGCGACGCCCAGUUUAAUUUCUCAUCCGCGUCCAUGAUGGGACCAGGCUUUGUGUUCGAUCGGGAUGUGCGUCCCAACCUUCCUGUGUUGGGUUCUCGUUUUGAAUGGAGCAUUGCGGUCGCGUCUCCUCCUCUCCCUCCUCCUCUUCCUUCUCCUCCUCCUCCUCCUCCUCCUCCUCCUCCUCCUCCUCCUCCUCUUCCUCCUCUCCGUCCUCAUGCCUCCUCCCUCCUGCCUCAGUGGGCGCUGCGAACUGGUGUCGCUAUGUUCGCGACCUCCGGGGAGGCACAGCGGAGUGGAGGGCCACGCAGAUCCAGCCGAGACCUCGCGCUUACAACCAGCAGGCACGGACCGUCAGGGCAGGCCCUGCCCAAGCAGACGGGACGCAGGGGCCGCCUCACGGCAGGGGUCUGCGAAACGCCCUUUUCGAAGUCUUCGUCUCGCGCCAGCCUACGCAAUGCCUGAAAACUUGCCCAACAAACUGCCUAACAACUUCCAGAACGGCAACCUCUGCGACAUCUCCGAACGUCGCGGGGCGGCGCGCUGG